AUGGUUGUCGUCAAAGGAGGCUCCUCCAAGAACAAUACAAAGUCCACUGGCAUCAAGCGUCUCAAGGGUGAGAACUUCUACCGUGAUGCCAAGAAGGCCAAGGUUGUAAAGCUUCUCGCCAAGGAUGGUAUCGCCUCCAAGGCUAUUCGCGACAAGAACGGCAAGAUCAUCCAAGCCGCCGAGUUCCAGAGCAGCGAAGCAAAGCCCGGCCGUGUCCAACCCGAUAAGCGCUGGUUCGGCAACACCCGCGUCAUCUCGCAAGAUGCUCUCGACCACUUCCGAACCUCGCUUGGAUCUCGUGUCAAUGACCCGUAUUCGGUCCUCUUGCGAAGAAACAAGCUUCCUAUGUCACUCAUUCAAGAUCCUGGCAAGGGCAAAGCUCCCUCGCUCACAACUCUUGAACCCUUUGCCGACACCUUCGGUCCAGGCGCACAGCGAAAGCGUCCUCGUCUCGAUGGCGGCAUGAGCUCGUUUGAGGAGCUCGCAAUGAGCAGUGAGCAGGCAGGUCUCGCUUCCGACGAGAAGAUUGCAGCUCUCGAAGCCACGGCCGCUGGUGUAGGUCUUGUUCCUUCUGACUACGAGGUCGGUUCCAGUGCUCAGCGCUCCGCAAAUGGAUGGACCGUCGACGCCGACGAGCUCUACGAGAUCCCCGUUACCCGUGGUCGAUCCGAGCCCAUCUACAGCAAAGGUCAGUCCAGACGGAUCUGGGGUGAGCUUUACAAGGUCAUCGACUCGUCCGACGUCAUCAUUCACGUUCUCGAUGCCCGUGAUCCAAUGGGCACUCGUUGCCGUAGCGUCGAGAAGCACAUUCGCGACGAUAAGCCACACAAACAUCUCGUUUUCCUUCUUAACAAGGUCGAUCUCGUCCCCACCUGGGUUACUGCUCGCUGGGUCAAGAUCUUGUCCAAGGAAUACCCCACCAUCGCCUUCCACGCCAACAUCAACAACUCGUUCGGUAAAGGUUCGCUUAUUCAAUUGUUGCGUCAAUUCAGCGUCCUCCACUCGGACAAGAAGCAGAUCAGUGUCGGUUUCGUCGGCUACCCUAACACUGGCAAGAGCUCGAUCAUCAACACGCUCAAGAAGAAGAAAGUCUGCAACGUCGCUCCCAUUCCAGGAGAGACCAAAGUGUGGCAGUACAUCUCGCUCAUGCGCCGCAUCUACCUCAUCGACUGCCCCGGUAUCGUACCCGUCUCGGCGCACGAUUCCGAGACCGGUACCGUGCUUAAGGGUGUCGUUCGUGUCGAGAACCUCGAGACUCCCGCAGAGCACAUUCCUGCGCUGCUCUCGCGUGUCAAGCCCGAAUACAUCCGUCGCACGUACAACCUCGAGAAGUGGACCAACUCGGAAGACUUCCUCGGUCAGAUCGCCAAGCGCAUGGGCAAGUUGCUCAAGGGCGGUGAGCCCGAUCUCGAGACUGUCGCCAAGAUGGUCCUGAACGACUGGAUUCGUGGCAAGAUUCCGUUCUUCGUCGCCCCCGAAAUGCCAGAAGAUGCUGCUAAAGCAGGAAAGGGUAAGGCAAAGGCCCUCGCCGAAGAGGUGCAAACUACCGAGACCAGCGAGGAUGCCGAGGCAUCAGCUGAAAUUGACGCUGCUACCGACAAGCUUCUCAAGAGGAAGAAGGUCAAAGGUGUCGAGCAGCCACUCAAGCAGAUUGCUGUGGCUACCAAGUUUACACGCGAGGACAUUGAGGCCGGACGUCCCGAGGACUACGUCAUGGAGCGUAGCAAGGACGAGCCUGUGCCUGAACUUGCAGUGGACGAAGACGCCACCUUCGAGAGUGAUGAGGAGGUUGACGACGACGAUGAGGACGAAGACGAGGACGGUGAUGCGCUUGAAGACCUCAACUGGGAUGACGUCUUCCAGGGCGGAUCCGGCGAUGAGGAAGAGGCCGACGAGGAGGCAGCCGGCGACGUCUCUACCAAGUCUUCGCCCGGCAAGCGCACUGCCGCUGCCGCUGAGGGUGACAACGAGGAAGAGACCGACCAGCGACGAAAGACCAAGAAAGAAGCUCGUGUUACCACAAGCAAGCGCAAAGCUGAGAACUACUACACUCACGCCAACGUCAAGAACAAGAGUCGUCGUGGCAAGCCCGAUGCCGCUGAACUCAAGUCGAAGGAGCGUGGACCAAAAGUCGGCGCCAACGGCAAGGGUGCUCCUCAACAGCGUCGUCGCAAGUAA